CUAGGCGGGUGCGGGGAGGGGGCGCCAUGGCAGAGGCAGGGAGCCGGGAGCCCGAGACCCGGGCCUGCAGCCCCAGUGUCGCCACCGCCAUGGCCGGUCCGCAGCUCUUCCGCGCGCUGGUGUCCGCGCAGUGGGUCGCCGAGGCGCUGCGGGCCCCGCGGGCCGGGCAGCCCUUGCAGCUGCUGGAUGCCUCCUGGUACCUGCCCAAGCUGGGCCGCGACGCGCGCCGCGAGUUCCAGGAGCGCCACAUCCCAGGCGCGGCCUUCUUUGACCUCGACCAGUGCAGCGACCGCACGUCGCCCUACGACCACAUGCUGCCCAGCGCCGCGCAGUUCGCCGAGUACGCGGGCAGCCUGGGCGUGGGCGCCGCCACGCACGUCGUGGUCUACGACGCCAGCGACCAGGGCCUUUACGCGGCGCCGCGCGUCUGGUGGAUGUUCCGCGCCUUCGGCCACCGCACCGUGUCGCUGCUCGACGGCGGCCUCCGAAACUGGCUGCGCCAGAGCCUCCCACUCAGCUCGGGCAAGAGCCGCCCCGCGCCCGCCGAGUUCCAUGCCCAGCUCGACCCCGCCUUCGUCAAGACCUACGAGGACAUCAAGGACAACCUGGAGUCCCGGCACUUCCAGGUGGUGGACGCCCGCGCCGCCGGCCGCUUCCGCGGAACCGAGCCUGAGCCGCGAGACGGCAUCGAGCCCGGCCACAUCCCCGGCACGGUGAACAUCCCCUUCACGGAAUUCCUGACUCAGGAGGGCCUGGAGAAGAGCCCCGAGGAGAUCAGCCGCCUGUUCCAAGAGAAAAAGGUGGACCUUUCCAAACCACUGGUGGCCACCUGUGGCUCUGGCGUCACGGCCUGCCAUGUGGCACUGGGGGCCUACCUCUGUGGCAAGCCCGAUGUGCCCAUCUACGAUGGCUCCUGGGUGGAGUGGUACAUGCGUGCCCAGCCAGAAGAAAUCAUCUCCGAGGGCCAGGGGAAGACCCACUGAGGCUGGGCAGGAUGGACACCGGCCAGCUCAGGCGACGCCUGACCACCAGCAGUGCCCAGCCGGGUUACUCUGACUCUGCUUUGCCUGAAACAGUGUUUCCUCAUCCAGCUCAGGUGGCAUUCAGGGUGACAUCGGAGACCAGGAAUUCCAUUGACUCAAGGGCUCCCAAUGGAGGUGGGGGUGCCGGCAGAGGCACUGGGGAGGGGGCCAGAACCCCGAACCACCGCCCCACCCUGGUGCUGAGCUGGGCCCCGCCUCCCUUCUGUCUUACUAUUGAGGAAAUAAAACAGCCAAGCACUGUC